AUAACAUCCAAUGAAGCAGAGAUUGAUCUAAACCAAGUUCGAGAGACGGACUCAUUUCUGGAUGAAAUUGAAGUUAUUGGGAGGAAAAGUGAAGUAUCAAAUAUAGUAGAUAAGCUACUUGCCCUUAAGAAUCAAGAAACUCUAGUUGUUUUACCCAUUGUUGGUACGGGUGGAUUAGGAAAAACAACUCUUAUGAAGGAGGUUUUCCAUCAUGAUAUGAUAAGGAAGAGUUUUGAUACAUUUAUAUGGGUAUGUGUGUCUGAUCCUUUUAAAAUCAACAAAAUUUUAAGAGCAAUCAUGGGAUCAUUGAGUCCUACAUUUGGUGGCUCAGAUGAAAGGGAAAUCAUUCUUCGAGAGCUCCAAAAUUUGUUGAGUGUCAAAAAGUAUUUUCUUGUGCUUGAUGACGUUUGGAAUGAGGAGCACAUUCUAUGGAAUGAGUUAAGGGAUUGUUUGCUAAAGAUCAAUCAAAAUGUUGGAAGUGCUAUAGUUGUGACAACUAGGAGUGAUAAAGUUGCAGAAAUUAUGGAGACAAAUUACAGACAUCAUUUGAGGCAGUUACCAGAUGACCAUUGUUGGUCUUUAUUUGAAAAAUGUGCAUUUGGAAGCGAUUUACCAAUAAUUCCUGAUAUCAUUCGAGGACAGCUUGUUAAAAAAUUUGGUGGCAUACCAUUGGUUGUGAAAGUGUUAGGAGGAAUGGUGAAAUCAUGCAAGAACGAUGAUGAAUUGCAAUUGACUUUGGAAAAUCUUGUGAGAAUUAAAUUACCAAAGGAAGAUCUUAUUUUAUCCACAAUCAAAUUAAGCGUGGACCGUCUACCAACUUCCUCAUUGAAACAAUGUUUUGCCUACUGUUCAAAUUUUCCACCAGACUAUUGCUUCUACAAGGAAGCACUUGUUCAAAUGUGGAUAGCACAAGGGUUUAUUCAACUACCCAAUGGAAGCAAUGUAACGACGGAGGAUAUUGGAGUGAGGUAUUUCGAUAUUUUAUUGUCUCGCUCUUUGUUUCAAGAUGUUGUCAAGGACAAAAGAGGAAAAAUUAAAUAUUGUAAGAUGCAUGAUCUUAUAUAUGAGGUCGCAUGUGCUAUUUCAAAUGAUCAAAAUUUGAGAGGGGACCUUAUAACAGAUGAAGAAUCUCAAGGUGGCGAAGUUUUUUCGAUCCGCCAAAGAAGAAGAACAGUUUAUUAUUGUGAAAAUUUAUCCUUUGAUGAUAAUCAAGAUAUGAUCACCAACUUUCUCUACCUGCGCGUUUUAAUUAUUCAUUAUGGGUUUAUAACUGAAUUGCCAGAUACAAUCGUUAAAUUGAAGCAUUUGAGGUAUCUUGACAUUUCAAAGUCUCGAAUAAGAAAGCUCCCAAGAUCUAUUGUUUUGCUUUACCAUUUGCGGACUUUGAAGCUUGGAAUGGAUAUAAAGCUUCCUACAAAGUUGAGAAAGUUGGUCAAUUUGAGGCAUUUAGAAUUUAAUCUUUUUCAUUCACAUCAAAAUAAGCAAAUGCCUAAACAUUUAAGUCGAAUGACUCAACUUCAAACGCUUUCUGGUUUUCUAAUUGGGUGUGAUGACGGAUGUAAGAUUGAGGAGCUUGGACAUUUAAAAGAGCUUAAAGGUAAAUUUAGCCUUUUACAUCUCGAGCAAGUCAAAAGUAAAGAGGAGGCCAUGACUGCAAAUUUAGUAGAUAAGGAAAAAAUUUCUGAUCUAUAUUUUGAAUGGAGUUUUGAAAGACAAGACUCUGGUGAGAAUGAUUUGAAUGUGUUGGAAGGGCUUCAACCACACAAAAGCCUUCAAGCAUUGAGGAUUCAUAAUUUUGCCGGUGAACUUCUACCCAAUGGUAUUUUUGUUGAAAACUUGGUUGAGCUAACUCUAUACCGCUGCAAAAGAUGUGAAACUUUACCAAUGAUUGGACAGUUGCCUAAACUUGAGGUUCUUGAAAUUCGUGAGCUAAGUGGUGUAAAAAGUAUUGGAGACGAAUUUUAUGGGAAUUAUCGCAAUAGCAGAACUUUAUUUCCUAAAUUGAAGACAUUUGAAAUUUUGCACAUGGAGAGUUUAGAGGAGUGGGAAGAAGUUGCUACUAUUUCGAGUU